CCCAGAGUCAUCCUGCAACCAACAACUUUUCCAACCAAAACUCCAGAGAAAUCAUGCCAUGCCAUGCCAGCAGUGCGCCUUGUCGCUAUGGUCCAUUACACAUCUGGACGAGACCACAGACCAGUCAGUAGGUGCAGUAAAGAUACAUAAACAGCCUGCCCACCCAUGAUUGUACUGCCUUCCUCCACGACCUCAAUCAUACAGUGUACACUUCCUAAUUUCUAUUCAAGGGCUUUCAUCAUCUUCACAUCUGCCCUCCUUUCGCUCGUUGCUAUUGUCCCUCCCUUAUCCAUCUAACCAUCCGAUCGCUUCUUACUGCCACUCCUAUCAGGUAUAGGAGCAGACCUUGCUCGCAGCUGCUGUGCCGCUGUUGACUUCGAUCUUCGCUUCCAUUGAACUUUCCAGUCCUUCCCAACCUUACCCAGCAACGUUCAGCGCAGGCGCUGUUUGAUCACUACUACUCGGACCUACCUAAUCAUAAUGUCCAAUAACCCACUGUCAUUUGGCAUCGGUCAGAGCAACGGCCAGUGGCCAACUGUCGAGUCUCCAGACCCUAACCAGCACCAUCACGGCCCUCAAUUCCAUGCCAAUCUGGUCGACGACAGCGACAUUGACUUCACCUUCAGUCAACUACAACGCAAUCCCAACUUCAUCCACUACUCUGGUAUCACCCAGACAUAUCUCAGUGCGGACGAUGAAGACUGGGCAGCUGUCCUCCGCCUUCGUAGUUCAGCAUUACUGCGCCAAUUUCACCCUACCCUCCUCAAUAAUCCGCCUCCGGACAUUUUCGAUAUGAUUGGGCACAUGAGGCAGAGCAAGAGCUGGAAUAAAGACAAAUCCAAGGGCCUUACACGAUUCACCAGUGCUCGGAGGCUGGACCCUAUUCCACAGGCGGUCCAACAGGACAACACCCCCGGCGCACGCCUGUAUUCUGCCGAUGCCGCUCGCCCACGUUCUAGACAGUCUCGUCCCAACUCCAGGUCCGCUCGAUUCGCCUGGAAUCGUUCCGGCGCCCACCUCAACCAGCACUCCAGUCCUGCGGCGGAGUCGAUCUACAACGGAGGUGAAGACAAGCCAGCAUCAGCGGAUGGUCGUCGUACGGCACCUGACGGAUUGGGGUUCUUGUGUCCUAUGUGCACCAGAACUUUCAAACGACAAGGCCACUUCAAAAACCAUCUCCGCGGAAUCCAUGCCGUGAAAGUACGUGACCCGCGAAGACACUUAGGCCCUGUGCCCGAAAACGACAAGCAAGAGAGCGAGGCUCCCGACGCGGAGGCCAUGUCUUCCGGCUUCACCACCCCUGCCUCUGCCCAUUCGGCUGUUCCAGCAUUCCCUAUGCUCAACUCUGGCCUCCCACAUGGUACCACUUCCCGGGUUAAUCGACCUGAUACUCCAACACCUUACUCCAUCAGCCAAGACGUGGCUCAGACGGCUGGACCUUCGCCUAAUUUCAACAUGGUGGACUUCCCAAAUGGAUGGCCGACAGCGCCCAACGGGGGCCUAUUCGGCGAAUACUAUGACUUUCCCUAUGCUCAGCCAAAUCAGUUCAACUAUACCCCAUAUCUCGCUCCAAAUCAGCCAUCAUAUUCUCCACAUCCUCAUGGUGGCUGAACUGAAACGCCACAGGGAAGAUAACGGUCCUUCCAUCAUGCACUUGGAGGGCUCCUAUCAUGAAUUUUAUUAUUGUUGUUGCUGCACAGAAUGGUACCCGUCACUCGUUUUACUAUUGAACUUGUAUCUUAGAAACUGUUACUGCCGCUGUUAUAUCCCAUCGGGACAGAAGGGGGACCAGACUCCCGGGGUGAGGUUGGAUGUGAUUGCUCACCUAGGGGUUGGUGGUGGGAUAUGUGAGGGAUAUACCAUGUACUACUAGUUUUCUCUCUUUUCUAAUGAUAGCCAUGUAUGACCAGCCAUCCAGUAUACUAUCGAGUUGUG